AUGCUGCCUCGCAGGGUCCUGUUUACUCGCUGGUCAACUCCAGACUGUCAGGUGUUUGACAUUCCCAAUGUGUCCGCUGACGUGAUGAAGCUGCUCAUUGACUUUGCCUACACUGAAUAUAUUCCAGUCACACAAGAAAAUGUGCAGGAGCUUUUUAUAGCAGCAGACCGGUACAAUGUAAUGGGCGUCGUACGAGCCUGCUGUGACCUCCUGGAGCAGCAGCUGGCCCCUCAGAACUGCAUCGGCAUCAUGAAGUUCACAGACAUCUAUUACACCCCUGAAAUGAAGAACAAGGCAUUCCUUUUCACGCUAAAUCACUUUGAGGAAGUUGUUGCCGCCUCAGAAGAGUUCAUGCAGCUCUCUGCACAAGAACUUAGUCAAAUCAUUGGGGAUGACAGACUCAAUGUAAAGCAGGAGAAAAUUGUGCUAAGGGCCAUCCUUGGUUGGAUCUCCUACUCAACUGGGGAACGCAGACAAUACAUCUCUCUUCUUUUGCCCAAAGUCAGGUUGGCUUUAAUGAGUCCAGACAACUUCAUAGAAAGCGUCAGCAACAACCCAUUGGUGAACGAAUGUCAAGAUUGUGAACCAAUUAUCCUCAGGACCCUGAAUGCCAUGCUAGACCUCAGAACCAUGAGCUACUUUGAUUCUAUUCGCUAUAACCCUUUGGCCCGCCCACGACUGCCCUAUGCCAUCAUGUUGGCUGUUGGAGGCUGGAAAGGCGGAGUGCCCACCAACGCCAUCCAGGCGUACGAUGUCCGUGCUGACCGCUGGGUCAAUGUCACCAGCACCCAGGGGGGUCCCCGGGCCUACCAUGGCACGGUGUUCCUCGAUGGAUCGGUAUACUGUGUCGGUGGCUUUGACAGAGUGGUGCGGCUCAGCUCUGUGCACAGAUUGGACCUGGUGACGCGCACCUGGCAGAAGGUGGCACAGAUGCAUGUGAGACGCUGCUUUGUCACUGUGACUGUGAUGGACGGGUUCAUAUAUGCUAUGGGAGGUUACGAUGGAGAGGAUCGACACAAUACUGUCGAACGCUAUCAACCCAGAGCCAACCAGUGGACCGUAAUUGCGCCCAUGCACGAGGAGAGAAGUGACGCCAGCAGUGCAGCCCUCCAUGGCAAGGUUUACGUAUGCGGUGGCUUCAAUGGAAUUGACUGCCUGUCAACGGCUGAAUGUUACGACCCAGAGAGCAACCAGUGGACCCUGAUCGCCUCCAUGGGCAGUUGGCGCAGCGGAGUGGGGGUCGUCACCUAUGCAGACCAAGUAUUUGCAGUUGGUGGCUUUAAUGGAACUAGCCGUCUGCGCUCUGCUGAGGCCUACAGCCCAGAAACGGACACCUGGCAUGCUGUUCCCUCCAUGCUGAGCUGCCGCAGCAACUUCGGCAUUGCGUUGAUCGAUGACCGUGUCUUUGUGGUCGGGGGCUUCAACGGCUCCUCCACCGUCCGCGCCGUCGAGUGCUUCGAUGUUGAAACGGGUGAGUGGUCUGAUGCUCGAGACCUGGAGACCUCCGGCAGCGCCCUGAGCUGCUGCGUGGUGCACGGACUGCCCAACCUGGCCGAGUACGCUUCACCUCAUCACUCUGUGACACUCUCCCAGGUGGAGGAGCGCGAGGUGGAAUGA